GUUUGACACCCACCCUCCUCCGUCUUCGUUUCCCAUCACCAUUUACAUCCUAGCUCCCAACAACCAAACAAACAACACUCCCGGACCCAACUCGGCUGAGCACCACCGGUCCCUCCCCGACCCCCCGACUGAUCCACCGCCGUCCGCUCCUCGGUCAGCUCCGCCGGAGCGCGGGUCCUCCCUCAGUCUCAUGGAGUAGGAUGGAGGUCCAUCCGGCAGUGGAUAGAGUUCUUCUUUCGCUGGUUAUUCUUCCCAGCGCGCAGGAUCAACCUUAGCCAGGCCGGUGAAGUUCAUUUCCCAGGAAUUUUGGGGGGUUGAGCUUAAUCCCCAUGUCCCCCAUUAAGCCCGGCCAUGCUCCGGCCCGGGACGCGGUGUUCUGGUCCGAGAAAAUGAAUGAAUACCUCAUCGACUCGCUGCUGCACCAGCAGGCUAUUGGGAACAGGGGCGAGGGCAAGUUCUUGACGGUGGCAUACGAUAACAUCAUCGACGGGGUUGGCGACAGGUUUGGGGUGGCGAUCGACCGUAACAACAUAAAGAACCGCCUCAAGUAUAUCAAGGAAUCUUUCCAUGAGUGCAAAAACCUCUUGGGCGAAGAUAGUAGGAUUAAGUGGAACGCGGAGAGCAAGAGGUUCCAUGCCGACCUGCAUGUUUGGAAAGAGUUGGUCGAGAGAAAACCAGAAGCCAAAAAAUGGAUGACGAAGACCAUUGACCAUUAUGAUAGGUUAAUGGAGCUAUUUGGUAAGGAUAAGGAGAAACGUGUGGCUGCCGAGAAUUCAAAAAGUGCUCUGAAAAAAAGGGCGCGGAAAGAACCGCCAAAGGAGAGACUUCAAAGUACUGCACCAAACGGUUUGGAGUUAAACGUUGCCGAAAAUUCAUAUCAGAUUGUGAAUGAAAGUGAGGUCCCUAAUGAGGUGGUAACAAAACAGAAUAUAUCUGGGGAACUUGAUUUAUCAGAAUUGUGCAGAACUGAGGCUGGCAUUAUUGCCAUACCUGUUCAUGCCAAUGCAUAUGGUAAAGGUUUGCCCUAUGCUCCUGAAAAUUGGCCAUGUCCUGGAGAUCAAUGGUACUGGAAAGUGGGAAACAGGGCUCAUGUAGGGGGCAACUGGGCUGACAGGUAUCUCAUGCCGCCCUCACGUUUUCGUGAUGCUACUGGUAAAAAGUCAACAUUUGCAAGUAGAUUACGAGUUGAAGAAUUUAUUAGGGGAGAGUUCCCAGAUGUUGAUCCUAGCACAUUCUUCUCUAUGUUUAUCUGGAAGAUCCCUGCUAAAGGACACAGGAUACAAAAAGGUACCCAACAAGUGAGGCUCCAUGAAUCUGAACCUGUGGUGGCUGAUCCAGCCGGCCCAUGUAAGGCUAGGAACAAGUUGUGCAACCUUGAGAGAGAAGGCUUUAUUGAAUCAUCACCAGCACAAGCUUGUGAUAUCUGCUGCACAGAGCCUGGUUUCUGCCGUGAGUGCUGCUGCAUUCUCUGUCGUAGGACUGUUGACUAUUCUUUUGGAGGUUACAGCUACAUAAAAUGUGAGGCGGUUGUGGAAGAGAACUACAUCUGUGGGCAUGCUGCACACCUUGAUUGUGCUCUUCGAUGUUACAUGGCGGGAACUGUUGGCGGAAGUAUUGGCUUGGAUGUACAAUAUUACUGCAGGCGCUGUGAUAACAAAACCAACUUGAUGAUGCAUGUGGAAAAGCUCAUGGAAACAUGUAAAUCUCUUGAAUCGAGGGAUGAAAUUGAACCUAUCCUGAAUAUGGGCUUAUGCAUCUUGCGUGGCUCAAGACAAACAAGAGCAAAAAGCUUGGAGAACUAUAUGGGAUCAGCGAUGGCGAAGCUGAAAUGCGGUGUUGAUAUUGUUGAAGUUUGGAAAAUGGAAGAUGAUGAGGGCAGGGCAACACUCAGUUCAGGAGAGAAUUCGUCACCUACCAGUGGUGUGACUGUGCUCGGGGCUCAGCCAGUUCCUGAAGAGGGUACACUUCUGGGGCAUCCUGAUCUAAUAGAUCCACUGGUUGAUAAUGAGUUUCAAAUGGCUGUUGAAAAUCUUCCAGUGUACAUUACUGGUGAUCACAACGUGAUGUCUGCCAAGUUUGAGGAUGAGAUAGAUCUUGCCCUUCAAGAACUAAAGAAAUCUCAGGAAGCAGAAUAUAGGCUGGCAGAGCAGAAGCUUUAUUCCCAGAAAGAUUACAUCCUCAGCCUGUAUAGGCAGCUUGAAUCUGAAAGAGCUGAACUUGCAGAUCCCAGCCCCUUAUCUGAUACUUCAAAUUACAGUGUGAUUCUCUCCAAUGUUCUAAACCGUGUGGACCAAGUAAAGCGUGAGGAGGAAAAGUUGAAGGCCAUGCUGAAAGUUGGUGGUGGAUUUGCGAAAACACCGAAAAGCAUCACCCAAGAGCUCUUUGGGUUACCUGCUGAUAAGUAGUUCGAAUAUCGACUAGUUUAGACAUAUAUAUUGGUAGUUUACCAUUAAAUCUAACUUUACUGUACUAUUGCACUGUUGUAUGGGUUGUAAUAUAUCCUCCCAAGGGGUUGCCCUCUUAGGAUUACCCCGUCAGUCUGGUUUGCCCUCAUAGGGUUAUCUAUGGACAUGCCUUUGAACGGUCGUUAAAUGCAAUAUUCUGGAUGAACCCCGUAUUUUCCGUAUCAUUUUAGCUA